AUGGAUGUUUGCCUUCUUCCUGGUCGAAUCCAGUGCCCCUCUUUCAGUGGUGAUAGUAGCCCUUCAGUUCCCUGUGCUUUGGUCCAGCAAGAACAAAGAAACCACACCGCAGAACCUGUAAUAGAUGACUAUAAAAGGAUGGGGACUCUCUUUGGCGAACUAAACAAAAGCCUUAUCAGAAUAGGCUUCACAAGGAUGUACUUUGGAGAACGGAUAGUAGAACCUGUAAUAAUUAUAUUCUUCUGGGUUAUGCUCUGGUUUCUUGGCCUACAAGCUCUUGGACUGGUUGCUGUUCUGUGCCUUGUCAUUAUUUAUGUACAACAGUAA